CAUGGUUUUUUCACUUUUACGAUCGAUCGAGGAAGAAUACCUCUUCUUCUUCUUCUUCAAAGGAGGAUUUACCCUAGUACGGCGAACAAUACCUCCGGUGGACCGGAUUUAACCCUUGAAGAGCUGUAAAAAAUGUAAACAAAGCGAUGUCAUUCGAUGUUCAAGGCUACUAUUGCCAGGGUUAAUACCGCCAAUUAGAAGUGCUCGUUCUCCGGAAUCGUCCUUCAUUCAUACCGAAACGGCAUUGCUCUUAAUGCUUCCACGAAGAUUUUUAUCAAAAAAGUGUAUCGUUCCCACCGGUGCGAGUUACGACGCAUAAAAAUUGACCCCGGAGAUCUGUGUUCACCGUACAAGUCGUCAUGAGUGCCCGCGAUCGAAGCUCCUCCAACGACCGGUCCAGACGAGAUUCGAAGGAACGAUCUUCCAGCAAAUAUCGUCGUAGGUCACCCUCCCGGCCGCCAUCCCGACAGUCCCCACUUAUACAAGGGGACCGUGAAUCUAGAAAUCGGAACUCCGAUUGGAAUGCCAGGUCCUUCAAUUCACGCUGGGACAACCCCAAUCCAUCCAGUUCCAGAUUCAGUAGCUCCGAUUCCUACAGACGGAAAAAUGGAAGGGAGUGCGUAGGCAGUAGCUUGAACGACCCGAUAAACUCUACACAGUAUGCAUCUGGUAGUUACAACAAUAGCAGCUUUGCAACAGGGUCGGUGGCUACGCAACCAGGACUAUUUCACCCACAGUAUUAUGAUUUUGCGGCAGAUUCUACGAUGUUUCCGUUUCCCGGAUCUUUCAUGAACUAUGCGGAUUCGUCAAAGAAUGCUGUGUCCACGUGUACAAACGAGCUGAUCGAUCGGCUUAUAAUGGAUGAAGCAUACAGAAUGAUUUCGAAUGCUGCCCGCCCGAUGCAACCAACUUUGUACCCGUACCCUCCACCGAAUAUUGACCACAUCCAGCCGCAGUCUCGGAUAGCGGAAGUGGCGGAAAGAACUAGUACACCGCCUUCGAAUAUACCAUCAAUUGAAGUAGCUGAAAAACAUGAUAAUGAUUGUAUUUCUACAGAGAAACCUGUAGUACCAAACACAUCAGCCACUGAUUUGUCGUUGAGUGCACCAUCAACGAUCGGUGAACGGUCAAGAGUUUUAUUAGAACGGAGUGCUGAACAGGUUACUCGCAAACUAAUUGAUCAGCUAGCGACGAUGAACAAAUCAAACCUAAAGGAGAUGAUAAAUAAUCCUGGCAGUAAGUAUGAAACGGCGCUAAAAAACCAUGCCCGCAAUAAGCUGCGAGCAGAGAUCCGUCGCCAACUGAAGAACAUUAAUUUGACAACGACCUCCCGACCGGAUGAUGAAGUCGGAAAUUUUCGACCCGACGAAUCAAUCGAUGCUGACAAGAUACCAGACGCGCUAUUGCAACAGAUUGGACAGGUGUUGGACUUUGAGUUUUUUAAUCAGCUCGACCCAGAAACGGAAGAAACGGGGAACGAUCAUACACCGAUAGUCAUCGACAUCUCGGAUACGGUGGACAAGAUCGAUAAUAAGCCCAAAACGCUGUGUGCAGAAGUCGACGAUAUGACUAAUAGUCCGAAAUCUAGUUAUGGUUUUGUUCAUCUGCUCAGUGAUUCCGAUGUCGAUAUGGAUAAUACCGCCGAUAAAGCACUUGCUUUACCAUCAGUCGAAGCAAACGUAGUAUCUCGUCCAAAUGGAAUUAAUAAUCUUAUGUCAAGCCACGCUCUACAAUCAGUGACCCUAUCAUCUGAACUAUUGUCAGAAAUUAUUUCCACGGCGAAAAUUGUUGGAUGCACAUCCAAUUCCAAAAUGCAAGUACAUCCAACACAAUCCGCGCAGAACGUCGAGGCCCACAACGAGACCAUUUCAUUGUUAUCUGACAAACAGCAGAACUUAAAAAAGAUUAAAGAUCCUAUAUGUACACAAUCCCAAAACGAAUACAGUAGCAUGGCAUUCGAAAGCGAUAUUCCUCCAUUGUUAACACCAGACGCAAACCAGACGAAAACUGGUCAAAAGCUUAAUAGUAAAAAAACACUCAAAGUGAAAAAAGGGAUAUUAAGAAAUGAUGAAUCCAGUACAAUCGCGGAUAUAAAUGGUUCAGAAACAAAUAAUCGCAGGAAAAUCUUACCUAACCCUACGAAAGAUGAAGCACCAUCAGCUCACACCAUAUGCCCCUUAACAAACGAUGCGAAUAUCUUUUCGGUGACACCUCACAAGGACAAUGAGUUGCGAACGAAAUCACCUACCGCUGUGCCGAUAUUAUGCGUUUCAACGAACCCUUCUAAAGCAGCGGUUGGCAGCAAAAACGGUUCCCGUGGAAUUCUACAAGUUAAACCGAAUCUUGCAUCACGAAAAAGAACAGCACCAUUCAAUCGCAAACCUUCCGUCAGUAGCAUACCUACGUCAACGCAUGAUAGUGAACUUAGAACAAAAUCACCAACACCAGUAGCUAUCUCUUCGCUGUCCACGCGGGAAACCAUUCCGGAAUUUAAUUCAAAUUUAAGACCGUGGGACCGGCAUAACUCAAGACACUCAUGGAGCCGCUAUCCGGGAUGGCGUAACAAUGAGACAAUGAUCACGGACCCACCAAGAUCAUCAGUAGCUGGCUUUUUAUCAACGAAUGAUAAACGACUUGAUGCACGGGUUGGUGAUCAAUAUAUGUCUCUCGGUGGUUUCUCGCUAACGUACGAACAUCAGUCUUCGGAUAGACCAAUCCGCGGUAAAACACGACAUCCAUGGAUAGUGAAACCUAGUGAUAUUAGAGCAUAUCAUCGCAAUAUUGUACCGAGCAUUAACGGAAGCGAUGCGGAGAGCAUUUCCUCUGAUCAAUCUCGUCUUGCAGUUCAUCAAGGUGUGUCAGAAAUUUCCACCAAUCAUGCCGAAUCAUCUGAUACUUCUAGUUUAAAUGCAAUACACUGUUUGCAUUCAAACAAUCCAAUAGAAGGUGUAACUGGUUCUACAAACGGAACUAGAAAGCUUCCAUCGAAAGCUGUACUACCUAUCGUCGACGAUGAACCAUUGGCAAAAGAAAUGAAGAAUAUUAUAAAAGAGAAGUUACUUACCAGGCGCGACAAACUGCAAUCUCAUUCCCCCUCGCCAAAGACGGCUUAUGUGCUUGCUCCAUCGGACUCUCUUCUUCCGAUAGAAUCAGACCAAUCGUCUUCUCCGGUAGAAGAUGUACAGAAGGUUAAAAUAAUGCAAGUUGUGCAAACAAAUAGGCAAAACAGGCACAGUUGCUCUGCACCAGAAGAACCACUGAGUCAGCGAAAAAGAGAAGAAGUUUUGCCUACUGACUCUAGCGCAGGAAUUCAACGUAUGACUCUAGAGCAGGAAUUCAAUGAACCAGUUCCAACCCCACAAAGCGAUCAUCAGCUACCAAAUGAGCAGUGCUCAAUGAAAUUGAGAAAUCAAAUAUAUCAGCAGCCUAAUGAUAUCGAUGCUCUGACGCCAAGGGAUUUAGAUGUAUCGCCGAGGGUAAUUAACGAACCUUCGGCAAUCGAUGUGGGCGAUAGCCACAAUGAUACCGAAACCUUUUCGUGUAGUAUUUCGAUUGAUGAUAAUAGAAAGCAACAACCGCGAGGUACUGCAGCCGAUAAUCUAUCUUACGGAAAUGAUAUCAACAUGUUAGAAAGAGCAGGUGUUGGAAAAGAAGUUGGGGUUGUUCCUAAAGAUUCUAGUUUAACUGAAGAUGCAGAAGAAGUAAGCCAAGUGCAGACUAGAUUGUUCGAAAACGUGCAGGAAAAUACUCCCCAUUUGCGAACUGUUCCACUAGCCAGCCUUACCAUAAAUGAAACCAAUAUUCAAGAAAACACACAGCAGAUGUGCAACGACUAUCCGAUGGUGUGUGUCCACUCCUGGGCUACGGAACAAGAUUCACAUCUGAGCCAAGAAACGGUUUCUUCGCAACGUGGUAUAAACUCGCCAUCUCCACCACGACCCAUAAUGGCUGACAAUUCAAAGGAAUCAGGUGAAAUUGACUCCGAAUCACCAUAUAGAAUGCCACAUAAGCUAACGCAAUCCAUAGCAUCCUCACUGGAUGGCAUAGAAUCGAUCGAUAUGGAAACAAUGGUGCUGCUUAGACGCAAGAUGGAUAUCGAUGCUGAGAUCAUGAAGCUAGAUGCCGAGAGAAUGAGCAUUGAUCAGCAGCUUAUAAAGAAGCAUAACGAACGCAGUAGGCAAAUGAAUCGGCUAAGAAUGGCAUUAUUCACCUCGAUUGAAGGGGACAAUUGUCCCACAAAUGGGACGGAUAAGCAGAUGCUAGCUUGUAAGGACGAUGCGAAUUCCCCACCUAUCUGUACAAAAUUGGGGGAAAGAUCAAUGCAAGUGGAAGAUACUUCAGCCGGUCUCCAAGAAGCCCAUCUAGCAGGCAGUGGUCAGGAGCGAACUAUUAGACGUAUUACACGACUCAGUGAGAACAGUGAGCUAAUGCGAAUCUUCAAGCGACGUCGACUAUUAUCAGAGCGGUCGUCUGAUGAUAAUCCACUGACCGAGGAUGGUUUGCUAAUCGAGCAAUGAUCGGACAGAUCACUAAGACAAAUCCGUUUCAAUGUGUCAUUGCAUUGCAUUAUAAAGAGUGAUACAGUUAUGAAUUCUAGUGAACCGAUGCCAGAGUUUAGAUUUUAAUUUUAACUAAGUAAUUUGCAUAGUACAAUGUGUAACAUAAUAAAACUGUUCCAGCAUUUUCUUACCA